AUGAAUACUAUGCAACAUAUGUUUUCAAUAUUUGAAUUUGUUUUGGUACUCUUCUUGAUGUUUACGGCUAAUGCUAGGGCUCGCGGUCGUGGAGGUAUAGAUUUCGAUAAGAACUAUGUCGUAACGUAUGGACAAGAUCGUAUCUUGAAACUCAAACAAGGCAAAAAAGUUCAGCUCUCCAUGGAUCAGGCUUCAGGUUCUGGCUUUGAGUCUAAGAGCCAUUACGGAUCAGGAUUGUUUCAAAUGAAAAUCAAAUUGCCUCCAAGAGAUUCUGCUGGCGUUGUCACUUCUUUCUAUUUGACUUCAGAAGGAAACUCACAAGAUGAAAUUGACUUUGAGUUCUUGGGGAAUAGACAAGGGAAACCAAUAGAAGUUCAGACAAAUGUGUUUACAAAUGGACAAGGAGGUAGAGAACAAAAGGUUCAUCUUUGGUUCGAUCCCACCACAAGUUUCCACACUUAUGGGAUUCUUUGGAAUCCAUAUCAUAUUGUGUUUUACGUCGAUAAAAUCCCGAUAAGAGUGUUCAAGAACAACAAAAGAUAUGAAAUGAACUAUCCAUCUAAGCCCAUGCGAGUUAUGGCUAGUGUUUGGAAUGGUGAAGCAUGGGCAACUGACGGUGGUAAGGAAAAGAUUAACUGGGCAUAUGCUCCUUUUAAGGCUCAAUACCAAGGCUUCGCGGAACAUGGUUGUCGCCUAGAUGGUCAGAGUGAUAAUGGGAAAGAUUGUGGUUCGGCGAGGUACUGGUGGAACACUAGGACUUAUAAUAGGUUAAGUGCAAAUCAACAGAAGGAAUUGGAGAAUGUGAGAGCAAAGUAUAUGAACUAUGAUUAUUGUUCUAAUCAGCCUAGACAUCAUGUCUUUCCUAGUGAGUGCCAAUGGAAUAAAUGA